UAGACGUCAUUAUGUACUAUGGGUGGAAAGUUAUUUAUUACCUCUACGACACUGAUGGCGGCUUGUUAAAGCUGCAGCAUAUCUUUCGCCUGACGACGGAUAAUUACAAACUGGAAGUAAAAGUCGUGAAACGCAUUGCUAAUGCUUCCGACGCCAAUGCUUUCCUGCAUUCGCUGGAAACUAGAGAGCGUGAGAGCCUCAAGUAUGUGGUUCUUGACUGUAGUGCAGAUACUGCCAGAAAGAUUAUAGUGAACCAUGUGCGUGAUAUUUACAUGGGCAGACGGAAUUACCACUUUCUUUUAACUAGUUUGGUAAUGGAUGAAUAUUUAAAUAGCCAAGUUUUAGAAUUUGGAGCCAUAAAUGUUACAGGGUUUCGGAUACUGCAGCCCCCGAGUCCAGAUUUCCGUUAUUUCGUUCCUGCUUGGCAAUCUUUAGAUCCACACAGAUGGCCUGGAGGUGGUACUCAAUAUAUAUCGGCUGAAGCAGCUCUAAUGUAUGACGUGGCCAAAGUCAUACUUGACGCUUACAGUCGCUUACUGAGAAGAAACCCUGAUAUAUUUCGAAAUAAUUUUAGAAGAGGUGAAGUUUACAACAACGGAACAAAAGGGAUAGACUGUAGAAGAGCGCCGGUUUUACCAUGGGAGCACGGCGAAAGGAUUUCUAGAAUUUUUAAAAAGACACACAUUCAAGGACUUACAGGGAACAUAUCUUUUGAUGAACUAGGAUAUAGAUCCAAUUUUUCUAUUGAUGUAGUGGAAAUGACCGUGAACAGCGAAAUGGUAAAAAUUGCUGAGUGGUCUGAACAGAACAAGUUAUUAAUGGUACCUCCUGUAAGAAAAAGGGUUCCUGAAUCACAAAUUAUCUUUGAAAACAAAACAUACAUCGUAACAAGCAUAUUGGAAGAACCAUAUUUGAUGAGGAAGAAAGUUGAGCCCGGAACUGUUAUUGAAGGUAAUGAAAAUUUCGAAGGAUACUGCAAAGAUCUGGCAGACCUAAUAGCAGAUUACUUGAAGUUCAGCUACGUGCUCAAGCUAGUCAAUGAUUCGAAUUACGGUGGUCUGGACCCCAACUCGCCAGUCGGUUGGAAUGGAAUGGUGGGGGAGCUGAUCGGAAAGGAUGCUGAUAUGGCUAUUGCACCUUUAACGAUAACAUCUGCACGAGAGCGGGUCAUAGACUUCACGAAGCCCUUCAUGUCUCUGGGAAUCAGCAUCAUGAUAAAGAAGCCCAUGAAAAAGAAACCGGGUGUCUUUUCCUUCAUGAAUCCUCUGUCCAAAGAAAUCUGGAUGUGCAUCAUCUUCGCUUACGUGGGAGUCUCUGUUGUCCUGUUUUUGGUGAGUCGCUUCUCCCCACACGAAUGGCGAUAUGAAGACUCAUUCAUUGGUCCUUCAGUUUCCAAUGACUUUUCGUUGUACAACAGCCUCUGGUUUUCAUUAGGAGCGUUCAUGCAGCAAGGAUGUGAUAUUUGCCCAAGGUCGAUAGGAGGUAGAAUUGUUGGAAGUGUAUGGUGGUUCUUCACGCUGAUUAUUAUAUCUUCAUAUACUGCCAAUUUGGCAGCUUUUCUCACAGUUGAAAGAAUGGUCACCCCAAUCAAUUCUGCUGAUGAUUUAGCUAAACAAACUGAAGUUGAGUACGGAACUCUCAUGUAUUCUUCAACACAAGAAUUUUUUCGGCGGUCCAAGAUAACCGUUUAUGCUCGGAUGUGGGAGUUUAUGAACUCUAGGAAGCAUGUUUUUGUCUCAUCAUACGAAGAUGGUAUAAAACGAGUAAGGGAGUCAAAAGGAAAAUAUGCAUUUUUAAUGGAAUCAACGAAAAAUGACUACAUAAAUGAACGACAGCCGUGUGACACAAUGAAAGUUGGACGAAACUUGGAUGCAAAAGGCUACGGCGUUGCGACACCUCUUGGAUCUAAUCUAAGAGAUCAGCUAAAUUUGGCAGUAUUAUCUCUUAAAGAGAAAGGAGACUUAGCCAGAUUAGAAAACAAAUGGUGGUAUGAUCGAAGCGAAUGUAGAAAUGGAGACACAAAGGAAUCCUCACAAAACGAGUUAACACUUAGCAACGUUGCUGGAUGCUUUUAUAUAUUGAUUGGUGGCCUCGUCUUAGCAAUGAUAGUGGCUUUACUUGAGUUUUGUUACAAAGCAAGAAUGGAAGCUGUUAGAACAAAGAUGAGUAUGUGUGAAGCGAUGGCAAGUAAAGUAAGGUUGUCAAUCACUGGAGCAAACGACACAGACCGAGGACGGCCUCAAUAUUUCCUACCCACUGAACCACUGGUUAGUUCUGAAGGCCUCUGCGAGCAAGUGAACUAUCACACUAUGGUGUAACAGAGGAUAAUUUUUUAGCAAGUACGCAACGGAAAGCAACUGCGAAUUUUUCAUUUUCAUACCUUGCAACUGCGUCACUGUUUCGCAAAUGACAGUCUGCGUAACAUGAAAAUUUACAAAUAUAUAUGCUGUGUUGUGUAAUAUGAAACAAGAAAUGUUAUUGUUGUUACUUGGGAAAACAUUAAUUUAUGAAUUGGACUUCGGUAUAAGCAUAGUUUUACGUGUUGAUACAUAUUAUUGUGGAAAAGGACAGUGAUGGCUUUUGUGAAAGAUGUUGCUGUAUAUCUAAGUAAGAGUUGCAGCUCUUGUCAGAUGAUAAGCGGAUAUUCAGUCAUAUAUGUAUAUAUUUUAGGUUUAUGCUAAGCAAGAUUAAGGUAAGAAGUGCACCAGCAUUCUCAAGGAAUGAAGCUGAAUUUUUAAACAAACUAAACAUGAACAAAG